AACACGUACAGUAGAUCCCGUUGUUUUGGUGAGAACGGAGCGGUUGUUGAAGGUUAUCGAUAAAUAGCAGAAACAGGAUUCAGUUUUGAUUUUUUUAUCAAUAGGCUCAGUAGCUUUUUUGCUGCUUUUCUGAUCGAGUCGCCGAGAAAAGAGCGACUUGAUCCCCCCGACACAGAUCGUUUUGUAAAAUCAGGUCGAAAGGGAUGCCGCUGCAGAUAGACUCCGACGGACGCCAACUGUCUCUGGAUUUAAUCUCGUCGCAUUUAAUCGGGAAGAGCAGCUUCUCUAUAAACUUAAAGAGCCUCAGAACAUCUCCCGCUCGACCGAGUGUUUCCGUAAGAUACCAAAGCUCAAGUUCACGGUAUUAGUUUCGCGUUGAGGCGAAGACCGAAGAAUAAACAUUCAAGCUAGCAGCUAGCGUUAGCUGGUAGAAAAAAAAAACAAAGCGCGGAUCGUUAAUCCUCGUGAACCGCUUUGACAAAAGAGGUCGAGUUACCAACGGUGCAGUCGACUGCUACGAGGUUGAACCUUUUUAUCUCUGCCUGUGUGGAAGAUAAUUUGUUGGCUGCCAUGAAGCUGUUGGAAAACUCCAGCUUUGAAGCCCUCAGCUCCAGGCUGUGUGUGGAAACUGGGGAGUCCCGUAUCCUCGGCAGGAUUGAGAGUUACUCCUGCAAGAUGGCAGGAGAUGACAAACACAUGUUCAAGCAGUUCUGCCAGGAGGGGGAGCCACAUGUCCUGGAAGCCCUUUCUCCCCCUCAGUCCACCAGCGCCACCAGCCCCUCUCAGCUGGGGAAGAGCAGCGAGGACGGUGAAAACCCUCUGAGCGACAAGGUCUGCAGGAAGACUCUGUUCUACCUCAUCACCACGCUCAACGAGUCCUUCAGGCCGGACUACGACUUCAGCGCCGCCCGGGCCCACGAGUUCAGCCGAGAGCCCAGCCUCAACUGGGUGGUGAACGCAGUGAACACCAGCUUGUUCUCAUCAGUGGGAGAAGAGUUCAACUCUGUGGGACCCGAGCUGUGGAACGCCAUCGACCAGGAGAUCAACCUGCAGAGCUGUGACAUCUACAGCUACAACCCAGAUCUUGAUUCUGAUCCUUUUGGUGAAGAGGGGAGCCUCUGGUCCUUCAACUACUUCUUUUACAACAAAAAACUGAAGAGGAUUGUGUUCUUCACAUGUCGCUCCGUCAGUGUUCUUAGUGGCUACGGCCGAGGUUGCCUCGACAACGAGCUGGACAUGGAGCUGGAGGACGAAGAAGAGAUGGACGGCUUCACCGAGGAAGGGUUCCCCAGAGCUCUGUGUGUGUAGGUCCAAAUCUGCAACCUCCAACGAUCACCCGUACCGUUACUCCUGUUGUUCUUUGUCCUUUUUCGUCUAAAAUCUAUGGGAGUUUUGCUGCCUCAUCCGAAGGCGUUUUGUUGUUUGGGACUGAAGCAUGUCUGGUCACUUCCAGUCCAACGGCGAACUCUGUGGCCACAAAGUGGUGGACGUUUUAGUGAAGGCGCCCCACCGCAACAAGAAGUUCCUUUUAUCACCCACAAUGUAUAAUUUUUGACCUGGGGGCUCUUCUCUAUGUGUUUUGUUUUUUCCCAAAGACUUUGGGAACUUGAGGGACGCUUGAGGAGAAGUGGAUUUAUGGCAGAGAAAGAUGCAAAAGACUGCCAGAGAGUUUAGUUUGUUCCUAAUAAAGAGGGUCCAGAUUACACCAGCACUUGUGGCAACAAACAUUUAAGUCCAUCUCUGGACUGAGUUGAUUGGAAGGCAGAGAGGACUGAAUGGACAGCUGACUUUGUGUCUUCAAUGUCUUUUUAUGUGUGAAAGUGAUGUUACUGUGAAAUGUUUGACAUCCUAAAAGCCCUUUUUAUUACUGAAACUUUAUCUUAUGGUAGGUAUUUACUGCAAGUUCUCAUCUGUACCUGUUCUGACACUGAGGGGUUUGCAUUUGGGCUGCAGCUUGGACAACAUAUCAGCUUUUAUUAGACGUUCACUGAUAUACACUUGUAUUAUUUUGGAUUGAGUUUAUUUGACGCUCCAUUCCUCAGUGUGUGUUCCUGCUGUUAUUUUGUUUCUUUUUACAUUUGCUCGUCGCCUCAUUGCAGUGCUUCUUUAACAAGUGAAUGUGUCGUAAAUCCUUUAGAAAGUACAGGUUAGAAGUUUCAACAACUGCAUGGCUACUUUUACGCUCAUUAAAAGACAGGAGUGGUUCGGUGUCCUUUUAAGACUACUGUGCCUUGUUUUGACUGGCCAGUGGUACAGACCCUAAUAAAUCUGUGUUUCUAUCUUAA